CACGUAGUGCCGGCUGGCUGCUUCCGGGUGUGGAGAAUAGAGGCAUCUUAUGUAGCUGUCUGUAUGGGCACACGGUCUGUGACAGGAGCGCCUGGCAGCGGCAAUUCAUACUGAGCGGAAAUACAUCUGACAGGUUAAACAAGCCAGGACAGGAGGAGGAGGCAAUGUUGGUGUAUGAGGCUCCACUUCCCUGCGGCAGACUGUGUAAGAGGUGACAUGUGGAUGGGCGACACCAGGAGCAGCUGACGGAGAUCAUAUGGCCAGGAUUCGUUUCUCUUGCUUGUUCCCCGUGUCCUGGCACUGCAGCCUGCCCUCGGUCACACAGUUUUCCCGGCAGCGAGUUAUCCUUUUGGUGAUUUUUGUUUUAAUCCUCCUGCUUAUUCUGUUGGCUGUUGUAGACCCGAAUAUCUGGAGCGGCCAGGCUGCCCGUGAUCGGCAAUUCAGGAGAUAUCUGGAUCAGAUCGAGGACUUGGAAGCUACGGACACAAAAGACGCAAAGUUGAAUUAUGGAAUCGUCAUCGACUGUGGCAGCAGCGGCUCCCGGGUGUUCGUGUACUUCUGGCCGCCACAUAACGGCAAUCCACAUGACCUUCUGGAUAUUAAACAGAUGAGGGAUCGGGGCAGCAAACCGGUGGUGAAGAAGAUCAAACCAGGUAUUUCUACAGUUGCAGCCACACCGGAAAAAGCAAGUGACUACAUGAACCCCCUAUUAACAUAUGCAGCAACCUACAUCCCAAAAGCAAAACACAAGGAGACCCCUUUAUACAUCCUGUGCACUGCCGGCAUGAGGGUCCUGCCGGAGAGUCAGCAGAGCGCCAUCCUCCAGGAUCUGGUGAAGGACGUCCCCCAGGAAUUUGACUUUCUUUUCUCAGAAGCUCAUGUGGAGGUUAUCUCAGGAAAACAAGAAGGUGUUUAUGCAUGGAUCAGUAUUAAUUUUGUACUUGGACGGUUCGACCAUGUUGUAGAUGAGGAAGAUGCGGUGGUUGCGGUGACUAUAGGAACACAAGAAGACGCCAUUAUCCGCAAGAGAACAGUGGGAAUUAUAGAUAUGGGUGGUGGCUCCCUGCAGAUUGCCUAUGAGGUGCCAAAAACUAUGAAAUUCCCCUCUGCAGAACAUGAAGAAGUAGCAAAAAUGAUGCUGGCAGAGUUUAACCUGGGCUGUGAUCUGCAGCACACAGAGCACGUCUACAGGGUGUACGUCACAACCUUCCUGGGCUUCGGAGGGAACUUUGCCCGUCAGCGCUAUGAAGACAUGGUGUUCAACGAGACUGUGACCAAAAAUAGAAUGAUGGGAGAACAGAAGGGACUCAGCCCCAACACACCAUACUUGGACCCCUGUUUACCAGUUGGCCAUGAGGACAAGAUUCAGCGUAAGGACCAGGACUUCCAUAUACUGGGCAAAGGGAACUGGGAUAGCUGCCGGCAGCUACUGGAACCCCUCUUAUCCAAAUCUAAUGACUCUCAGGCCUAUCUGAAUGGCCUCUACCAGCCAGUUAUAGACUUCUCUAACAGCGAAUUCUACGGCUUCUCCGAGUUUUACUAUUGCACUGAGGAUGUGCUGCGCAUGGGAGGAGUAUAUGACAGUAAGAAGUUUUCCAAAGCCGCCAAGGACUACUGUAGCAUGCCGUGGACCACGUUGACCGAACGCUUUAAAAAUGGUCUGUACUCUGCUCAUGCCGACCAGCAUCGAUUAAAGUUUCAGUGUUUUAAGUCUGCCUGGAUUCAUAAAGUUCUGCACGACGGUUUCCACUUUCCGAACGAUUACCCAAAUCUUAAGACUGCCCAGCUGGUGUAUGACAAGGAGGUUCAGUGGACACUCGGAGCAAUGCUCUACAAAACUCGCUUUCUGCCGCUCAGGGAUAUCCGCCAGGAGAGCCCCCGUCCUGCUCAUGUUAGCUGGUACAGGAUCUCAUUCGUCUACAACCACUACCUGUUCUUCGCCUGCAUUCUGGUGGUGCUGCUGUCCAUCAUACUGUAUAUCCUCCGACUGAGACGCAUUCACAGGAGACUGGCGCGGGCCUCCGCUCUGGACUUGUUAUUGCUGGAGGAGGGGGUCCAGGUCAUAGCAGAGCCUGCAAUUCCUAGAUAGUGCCGGUCCAGAAUGGAGUAGUGGGAUAUUAAUUGUAAUGUUAAAUAUUGGUUCUAAAUGUUUUCCCUUUUGCUGACACUUGCUUCUCACUGCUAACUUGAAAAUUGAAGCAGCAGGGUCCUCAGCUAUUCCAAUGGAGAUCAUGCUGCACUCCCCUCCUCAUAGGGCAGUGUUUCCCAACCAGGGUGCCUCCAGCUGUUGCAAAACUACAACUUCCAGCAUGCCCGGACAGCCAACGGCUGUCCGUGCAUGCUGGGAGUUGUAGUUUUGGAACAGCUGGAGGCACCCUGGUUGGGAGAUACUGUCAUAGGGACUGGGACCCUGAGUUCAAUGUUAAGGUUUCAGCUGCAAGACCCCACUAACAUGAUCAUAGAACUCUUUAAAUGAGUACUGUGGUGUAGGACAAUUGAUCAACUAUCCUUUGAUUUAGGAGUGGGGGUCUGACUGCUGGGACCCCCC